CUGUUAUCUUCAGGGAGGGUCCUGCAGGGGGAGGAGUAAGCAAACCGCGGAGGAGGGGACACGCUCUCCGCCUGCUUGGCGCAGUCAGUGCGGUGAUAGCUGUCAGACGCGGACGAGGUGAAGAGCGGAAUGGUUCAUUUAUAGACUUCUUCGCUCAAGCGCAGAAGCCCGGGUCGGAUUUCCGCCUUUCUCGGGUUAUUUUUCGGCGGGUGAUAACGACAGUACGUGUCCGUUCGCAGAGAGGAAAUGCCGCACAGACAUUGUGUGAGUGCAGGUGGAUGGCCAACCUGACGGUCCCCGCCGCCGCUUCCCUUCACAGCUCUGCUGUCGUCCGGAGCUGCGAACACCAAGCGAAUCCACACAGAACCAAAUCCAACUAAUAACCUGGAGCUAUGCUUCCUGGGGUCGGCGUGUUCGGCACCAGCCUCACCGCACGGGUGAUCAUCCCGCUGCUGAAGAACGAGGGCUUCGCCGUUAAAGCGCUGUGGGGCCGGACACAGGAGGAGGCGGAGGAGCUGGCCAAGGAGAUGAACGUGCCCUUUUACACCAACAGGAUCGACGACGUGCUGCUGCAUCAGGAUGUGGAUCUGGUCUGCAUCAACCUGCCGCCGCCUCUGACGCGGCAGAUCGCAGUCAAGACACUGGGUAUUGGCAAAAAUGUAAUCUGCGACAGGACCGCCACGCCUCUGGAUGCCUUCCGAAUGAUGUCAGCUGCCCAGUACUACCCCAAGCUGCUGAGCAUUAUGGGAAAUGUUCUGCGUUUCUUGCCAGCUUUUGUUCGAAUGAAGGAGCUGCUGGAGGCAGGUUACGUCGGAGAACUUCUGGUCUGUGAGGCCCAGGUCCACAGUGGUAGCCUCCUUGGGAAAAAAUACAACUGGAGCUGCGAUGAUCUGAUGGGAGGCGGUGGCCUGCAUUCGGUUGGCAGCUACAUUAUUGACCUGCUUACGUUUCUGACAGGCCAGCGUGCGGCCAAAGUCCACGGCUUCCUCAAGACUUUCGUUAAACAGACCGACCACAUUCGGGGCAUCCGCCAGAUCACCAGUGACGACUUCUGCACGUUCCAGAUGGUACUGGAGGGAGGCGCCUGCUGCACCGUCACGCUCAACUUCAAUGUCCCCGGAGAGUUCAGGCAGGAGGUGAUAGUUGUAGGGACUGACGGGAGGCUAACGGUCACAGGGACAGACUUGUAUGGACAGAAGAACAGUGGCGGUGGAGAAAGUGGUGGCGGCCCUGAGCUCCUGCUCAAAGACACCACGCCUCUCGAGAAGGCCUCCCUGCCGGAGAAGGCCUUCAGUGACAUUCCGUCCCCUUACCUCACCGGGACGAUCCGCAUGAUCCAGGCUGUGCGGCAGGCCUUCCAGGACCAAGAUGACCGGCGGACGUGGGACGGGAGGCCCCUGACAAUGGCUGCCACUUUUGAGGAUUGCCUAUAUGCUCUGUGUGUGGUGGAUACAAUUAAGAAGUCCAACCAGUGCGGAGAGUGGCAGAACAUUGUGGUCAUGACAGAAGAACCAGAGGUCAGCCCAGCUUAUCUGAUCAGCGAGGCCAUGCGGCGGAGUAGGAUGUCCCUCUACUGUUAGCAUUUUUAAAACUCAUGGUGGCGCUCAAGCGGCAUUGUUGGAAGUUUUUUCACAGAGCUGCCGGAUUCCAGUUUUGUGUUGAAAUUUGUGUUGUCACUGUUACAGAGGCUUUACACGACGACGUGCAGAGAGUUGUGGUUUCCCGUCCUCAGCGGUAGGAAAAGCAAUGUGAUAAAUAAUCAGAACUUUAUUUAUAAAGAAGCUUUUUUUUUUCAUUUUGGCAGCAGGUUUAAGCCCUGCGGGGAGAUGCACUUUUAAAUCAAGCUAAUUCAUGCAACAGAAGGACCUACAGUGGCGGCAUAUCAGGGAGUGAAACUACCUGCUGGUUAGUUGGUCGAUCAGUAGGAGGCGUCCUUGUGGGGAUCGCCUUCUAAUGUUCCCAUUUCACCAACAGAUACUUGCAAUUUCAUAUGCUUUUCAUCACCCCUGCUGGCUGCUUGAUCAAACAGUUAUUUGUGCCUCCUGUUUCUCCUUCUCUUCUAUAUAACUGGUCUAGAAAGACACACGCCCUACACUGUGGGUCUGAACAAGGACUGCCAAGGAAGAACGAUAGUCUUUUUUUAAAAUUGUGCCAGUCUGUUGUUGCUGUAAUCUGAAGUACUUUUAGUACUAGUUUUACCAAGUGAAUGUUAAAAAAAACAAGUCAGUGUGCUUUAUAGUCAUGCUCUGUCUGCUCCGUAUGUUUCUCCUAUGUGUGUGAAACAAGAGAAAAAAAGAAUCAAUCAUUUGGCUGGUGUUUUUUUGGGGGGGGGGUCCCAGAGGACUCUGGUUUUCAUAUGCAAUAUAAACAGGCAGAAGGGGCACUAGUUUCUCUCUGAGCCUGAAAUAAAGGGUUAGAUUAAACUAUGGUAUGCCUUUAUGCAGUUCCAGUCGGCUGUGCAUCACCUGCGUGGUUGGUCAGUGUAGCGGUACUCUGACUCGUUUUAUGCUAUCAUUGUAGCGACUUAAUCUCAUGUGGCACUGAAGUGCAGACAGUCUUGCAUGUAAGUUUGCAAGCUAUGUGCAGAUUUCAUUCGCACACUUCUGUGCAAUCAGUGCUGCAAACUAAUUGCAAGCCCGUGUGGUCUGCCCAGAGCUUAAGUAAGACUGAGAACUUGCAGUAAAUCAAGCAGUGUAGCAAAGUGUGGGCGACUACAUUUUUAAAAAAAAAAGAAAAAGUUUUUAUUCAAAGUGUUAAGGUUGGUGUUAUUUUGUGUUUUUUUUCUCAUUGUUGGAAAAAUUUCAUAUAGGCCUAAAGAUCAAACCCAGUAGCAUUAAUCCAUCUGUCAAUAAUUCCUAACUACAGUACAGUGUCUGUGGCCCUUGGCCCCACACCCACUGAUCCCUGCUUUCAAUUAUUACAUCAAAUUUUUACAUUAACUGUUUUUAAAAAGAACAGUUCAGAUAUGCGUCCAGCGUUUUGGCCUCUUUUAGCUCAUGUUCCAGUGUUUUGGUUUUGCGUCACUCUCACCGCUCUCACUGACCUUAUUUCCAGCAGCAGCAAACACACUAUAUGCUGCCAUACAUAUUUUUAAAGGAACUACAAGGUUCCUUCAGUCCACUGAUAUCUAUGUCACCAGUGUGCUCUAAAGACUAAAGAGUAUUACGGAAAUUGGUCCAUUGACAUGGAAACUCAAAGGCUGUUUUAAUAUGCAACUUUAAGAAAAGGGUUAUGGUACUGUAGAAGACUACAACAAUAAAGCCAUACCAAACAGUACACAAUUAAAGCAAUUAAAGCUUAACUUGCAGUCCUGCUUUGAACCCCUAUAGAGCCAGUGCCGUAGUAGGUGACAGCGCUGUCUGCACUGGUCUGCUGCCAAGAUUGAAUCUAACUUAUUUAUUUAGUUUAUGCGCGGAUUGUCAAGAGGAAUGAAAACAUGAAAACGGCAUCCGCCUACAUUGGAAGAUUAAUAUCUCUUGCAUUAGAAUAGUGAGGAAGCUAAUCAGUAAACUAUGCUUACACAGACCAUCAACACCAAACAGACCAACCACAGUUGUUUUCUCUGAAGGUGCACAUCAGACUAUGCUCUAGCUACACUGUAGUUUUAAAACAGUUGUAAGCGUGGCAGGAACCACUGCAGCGACGUUGUCAGCUGCGCUUCAAAGCUGUCCAUGUCGGUUUGCUGCUUUGUAAAUAGCAACAAUGCUGGAAAAGAGAUGAGCAGUGGCAGUGAAGCAGUUUCAAAAUGCCCGAAAGCAAUCACAUUUUUGAUCUUUUGCAGUUCAGAACAAUCGAUAUUACUACAAGCCCCCACACUGGUUAAUAUUUUAACUGGAACUUAAUUCAAACCCCAGUCCUCCAUACAGCUUUCUAUUAUCUGGACAAAGGCAAAUGCAGCUUUGGACUUGUUAUGUAAGCAGAAAUGUAUGCUGUAAGUUUCAUCAGCUUUCGACUAAUGCACGUAACAGUUUAACCCACCAAUCAGAAAACAUAACAAGCAGGUGUGUGACUCACAGCCCAGCUUCCCGGGAAACAGAAACAAACCAUCAGAAAGUGAUGAAAGCAAAUACAGCUGAACUUAAAGUUUAACGUCAGUCGACGCAGGUGAAGGAAUAACACCAACCCACAAGCCAAAAGAUUGAUUUUUUUUAAAUAUGCAUUCUCUAUCCAUAAGCUGUGCUGAAAUACUAAAUAUGUAACGACUACUGAAAAUGUACAUAAAAAUAAUAUGAAGCAACAAUACGCUUUUGUCUAAAGAAUUAAAUCAGUACUGUAUGGGG